GUCUACACUCUACUGCACUCUACAGUCAUCUACAGUCCACUAUAAAAUGUGAAACGCUUCAAUUGAAGAAACAUUUGUUGUGAUUUGUCGUUCUCUUUGUCUACACGAAAUGAUUAUCAUUCAUAGUUCGAAUAUCUUUCGUUGCUCAAAAAAAUGAAAGCACGUUUCAUUUGUAUGUGUAACACUCAAUACUCUGUAACAAAAGUUAAAAUUGUGUGAUCAUUAACAGGAAACAUCCUUUUUGUUUGCAAACGUUUGUCUACUGCAUUUUUCAGCAGAUAUUACAAACCGAAUCACGUUAAUUAAUUUUCUAAUUGCUUAAUUUUAAUUCUGUAAAUGCAAACAUAAAAAUGGACGAAGUUACAAAACUCGAACACUUGUCAUUAGUAUCGAAAAUCUGUACAGAAUUGGAGAAUCACUUGGGAUUGAAUGAUAAAGAUUUAGCGGAAUACAUAAUCCAUUUAGCAGAGAAGAAUAAUACCCUAGAUAAGUUCAAGAAAGUUCUAGUUGAGAAUGGAGCAGAGUUUUCUGAAUCAUUUAUGGCCAACUUGUUGAGAAUAAUACAGCACAUGAAGCCAUCCAAAACAAUGCAAGAGAAGCCAUUAAAACCAACGACUAAAAAAGAUGAGCUGGCACAAAAAUUUCCUGCUUUGGCUUUGCCAAACGAAGAACCAAAAGUGGUAGAGACUAAAGAUCUGAAAGACGACGAUAUAGUUAACAGCGCUAUGGCAAGUUUAGAAGAAUUGGCACCGUCGAAUAAAAAGUCUGGCAACGAAAAUAAAAAAGAUAUUCAAACAUCUGAUAAUGACAAAAAAAGUAAGCAUUCUAGGAGAAGCAGAUCGAAAGAAAAGAGAAGACACAGGUCACGAUCAUUUAACCGUAAGGAUAGAAAACAUAGGUCUAGGUCUCAUUCGAGAUCAAGAGAUCGUUCAAGAUCCAGAGAUAGGAGGCAUCACAGAUCAAGGGAUCGUAAACGAUCAAGGUCACGGGAUAGAACGUCAAAAUCUCAUAGAGAUAAAUACUCUAAUAGACAUGUAUCGGAUCGAUCUAGAUCAAGAUCUAUAGAAGAACUUUCCAUGGAUCCAGAAGUUAGUAAAAUUUAUUCAGGCAAGGUUGCUAACAUAGUGCCUUUUGGUUGUUUUGUGCAAUUGGAAGGCCUGAAACGUAGAUGGGAGGGACUUGUUCACAUUUCACAGUUAAGAAGAGAGGGACGAGUUGCCAGUGCAAGCGAUGUAGUGUCUAGGGGUCAGAAAGUUCUUGUAAAAGUACUUAAUAUCGGAGGACAAAAGGUUUCCUUAAGUAUGAAAGACGUCGAUCAAGUAACGGGCAGAGAUUUAAACCCAGUUGUCACCGUUACCAAGACCGAAGAGGACGAGAAGCAUUUGCGCAAUCCUGACAGACCUACUUCGCUGCUAGAACUUCAAGGUAACUGGGACGAGGAUGAAACUUGCUCUAGGAAACGAGUACAAAGGUUAUCAUCUCCUGAGAAAUGGGAGAUAAAGCAAAUGCUCGCAGCAUCGUGUAUCGACAGAAGUGAAUUGCCAGAAUUUGAUAUGGAAACUGGUAUUCUUCCCCGUGAAGACGACGAAGAGGAAGAUGUCGAAAUUGAAUUAGUAGAAGAGGAACCACCGUUUCUGCAUGGGCAUGGAAGAGCUCUCGGAGAUUUAAGUCCCGUUCGUAUUGUAAAGAAUCCUGAUGGUUCUUUAGCGCAGGCUGCUAUGAUGCAAAGUGCGCUAGCGAAAGAAAGGAGGGAACAGAAAAUGUUACAGAGGGAGCAAGAAAUGGAUUCUGUUCCUACGGGUCUUAAUAAAAAUUGGAUUGAUCCUUUACCGGAAGCCGAAAGUAGGACUCUAGCAGCGAAUAUGCGUGGAAUUGGUCUUCAAACUCAAGACUUGCCCGAAUGGAAGAAGCAUGUAAUAGGUGGAAAAAAAUCAUCCUUUGGAAAGAAAACAAAUUUAACUUUACUCGAGCAGCGUCAAAGCUUACCGAUAUACAAGCUUAGAGAUGAUUUAGUGAAAGCUGUUACGGAUAAUCAAAUUUUAAUCGUAAUUGGGGAAACAGGAUCAGGAAAAACUACUCAAAUUACACAGUAUUUAGCUGAAGCAGGAUUUACAGCACGUGGAAAGAUCGGCUGUACUCAGCCUAGAAGAGUUGCCGCUAUGUCUGUCGCCAAGAGAGUAGCAGAAGAAUUUGGUUGCCGUUUAGGACAAGAAGUCGGCUACACCAUUCGUUUCGAAGAUUGUACUGGUCCAGAAACUAAUAUAAAGUAUAUGACAGAUGGUAUGCUGCUCCGAGAGUGUCUGAUGGAUUUAGAUUUGAAAACAUACUCUGUCAUAAUGUUGGACGAAGCACAUGAACGUACAAUUCAUACCGAUGUUCUGUUUGGAUUAUUGAAGCAAGCAGUAGGAAGACGGCCAGAUCUGAAACUGAUCGUGACAAGUGCCACCCUGGAUGCAGUCAAGUUUUCACAGUACUUUUUCGAAGCACCUAUUUUCACUAUUCCUGGAAGAACAUUUGAAGUAGAGGUAAUGUACACGAAAGAGCCAGAAACAGAUUAUCUAGAUGCAGCGCUUAUAACGGUAAUGCAAAUACACUUGCGAGAGCCACCGGGUGAUAUACUUCUUUUCUUAACUGGUCAAGAGGAGAUCGAUACUGCUUGUGAAAUUUUAUAUGAACGUAUGAAGUCUCUUGGUCCUGAUGUGCCAGAACUAAUAAUUUUGCCUGUCUAUUCCGCACUUCCUUCGGAAAUGCAAACCAGAAUAUUCGAACCAGCUCCACCUGGCUCGCGAAAAGUAGUGAUAGCCACAAACAUAGCAGAAACAAGCUUGACUAUCGAUGGAAUUUACUAUGUGGUCGAUCCAGGCUUUGUAAAACAAAAAGUAUAUAAUUCUAAGACAGGAAUGGAUAGUCUCAUAGUGACUCCGAUAAGCCAAGCAGCUGCCAAACAAAGAGCAGGAAGAGCCGGCAGAACUGGUCCAGGGAAAUGUUACAGACUUUACACCGAAAGAGCUUACAGAGAUGAAAUGUUACCUACACCAGUACCAGAGAUUCAACGUACCAAUUUAGCAACUACAGUAUUGCAACUAAAAACAAUGGGUAUUAACGAUUUGUUACACUUUGAUUUUAUGGAUGCUCCACCUGUGGAAUCGUUAAUCAUGGCCUUGGAAUCGUUGCAUAGCUUAAGCGCAUUAGAUAACGAAGGUCUUUUAACUAGAUUGGGCAGAAGAAUGGCGGAGUUUCCAUUGGAACCGAAUUUAUCAAAAAUGCUCAUUAUGAGCGUGCAUCUUCAAUGUUCCGAUGAGAUAUUAACCAUUGUUAGCAUGCUGUCUGUCCAAAACGUUUUCUACAGACCAAAGGAUAAGCAGGCCUUGGCUGAUCAAAAGAAAGCAAAAUUCAAUCAGCCUGAGGGUGAUCAUUUAACUCUAUUAGCGGUUUACAAUUCCUGGAGGAAUAAUAAAUUUAGUAACGCUUGGUGCUACGAAAAUUUCGUGCAAAUUAGGACUUUAAAACGCGCCCAAGACGUUCGGAAACAGCUAUUAGGUAUCAUGGAUAGGCAUAAAUUGGACGUGGUGUCUGCUGGGAAAAAUACAGUAAGGAUUCAAAAAGCUGUAUGUUCAGGGUUCUUUAGAAAUGCUGCGAAGAAAGAUCCUCAAGAAGGAUACAGAACUUUAGUAGACAGCCAAGUUGUUUAUAUUCAUCCGAGUAGUGCUUUAUUUAAUAGGCAACCAGAAUGGGUUAUUUAUCACGAAUUGGUGCAAACUACUAAAGAAUAUAUGAGAGAGGUAACUACCAUUGAUCCUAAAUGGUUGGUAGAGUUUGCUCCAGCAUUCUUUAAAUUCAGCGAUCCGACUAAGCUCAGUAAAUUCAAGAAAAACCAACGACUCGAACCGCUUUACAAUAAGUACGAGGAGCCGAACGCUUGGCGAAUAUCCAGAGUUCGUAGAAGACGUAAUUAAGGCAUAUUUAUUAUACAAUCUGUAAAUAGUUUUGUACAGAAUUUCGAAUUAUUAAGACGUAAUUAACUGGCAAAUCCAUUAAAAAGAAUCUUAAAUCACAGAUGUAGUGAUCAUUUUGUCACUUAACUUACAAGGGAACAUAUCCAAUUAUCACACGCCGUUUUCUUAUUUUGGUAAUUAGUAGACAAUAUACUCUCUCCAUUCAGACAGAAAAUGUUUUAAUAUUUUACAGAAUUAUGAAAUACACUUAUCAUAGAGAUAAUGGUAUUUUAUACUUACAUUAAAGUUUUGAAUAACAUUUAUUAUCUCUUAUAUAAAUAAGAUAAAUUAUUGUGUGUUUUAAUAUUAUGUGUAUACUUAUAAUUGCUGUAUUUAUUAUGUUAAGAAUGUAAAUUUAUAACAUUUGAAAUGUUUACAAUGAUAAUGCGGGAACAGGUACUACUGUUUCAUGAUAAAUUAGACAAUUUAUAAAGUUUCUAAAAAUAUGCAAGACGGAAUUUUCUUUGCAACGAGGUAUGCAGUUAUUAUGAAAGAGUACAAUAGAGAUGAUGUGAUUUGCAGAUCAUGUAUGCACAUAUUAACUGGAACUUCGGGGUGUAAGACAUGUUCUUUAGAUAAAAUAUUCCGACGUUUCACCAUAUUGUUGCAGCUAGUUUUUUCAACAGUCAAAUGACAAACUGACAUAUCAAUACAACCUAACCUAUCUUCCUCUAGCCAGCCUAAACAAACAUAAUCCACAUCUAACAUACCUAACACGACCUACCCUGACUGAUUUAUGUAUCAGGUUAGAUUUAGAUUGGGGUAGGUCACGUUACACUUAAUUGGCAGAUAGAUCCGUGUAAGAUCAUAUUAGUUUGGGAUGGGUCUGGAUUAAGUCUACUAGAAGCGGAUAUAUCAGUGUACAUACCACUUGACUUCUGAAGAGACCAGCUGCAAUGGUGACGAAAUGUCGGAGUAUCUCUUUCAAAGGACACGGCUUACAAUCGAAAAUCUCAAUCAGUAUUAAUCAUAACUUCAAUAUCAAUUGAUUUGAUGUGAUUAGUUAGAAAUUAUAUUAAUACUAUGACGAAAUAUUAUGUGCAUUAGUAUGAUAUAAGUUUUUAUAAUUUUAAAAAGUAAAAUACACAUUUCAUUGGACAAAUACCAAUCCAAUUACAAUGUCAGUCUCAAAGAACAGGAAAGUGUUCAAUCAUCGUACCUUGUCAGUCUUUACCUCUUAAUUAAUUAUUAAAUUUAUUAAAUAAAUACAUUCUCCAGAAACAUUUAAUAAUAAUAUCAUGUAAGAGCAAUAUUCUUUUGUUUGUAUAUAAAGUUUCAUCAUUCGCAAUGUAAUUUAAUCUCCAUUUCUGUUUAAGAAAUCUUUUAAGAGAUUUUUAAUUCACUCAUAUGAAAUGUACAACAGCCAUGAAAUAUUCAUUUUCAUGAGAUAUAAAUUGAAUACUAUAUUUGGA